CCCCUCCAUAGCUUCUCUUCACUCAAGCUCGCAUUUCAGUCAUCUUUCUUUAUCGUUUUUGUAAAUUUUAAGUGUUUUUGUUCUCUGUUUCUUCGUUCUUUGUUAUCAUAUUUGUUGCAGAGUAAAAAAAGUUGAGAGCUUGAGAGGAGAAAAUUAGACAAUGUAAAUAUAGUAUAUAAUGUAGAGAUCUGGAAAGGAUCCAUGGUGCGGUUCGAUAAAGCAAAGAUGGAACAGACCUGGUUUGAGCCACAUCCAAGAAGAGUUCAUAGGGGAGUUUGGUUAAGGGUUCAAAAAUCAAUGGGUGUCCUCGUGGGUGGGAAUCACACUUCCUCCAGGUUUUGCACUCGCUAGUUUUCCAUUUCUUUUCCGUUUGGCUUUAAUCUCUCAAUUUCAGAACACACUCUUGUUUUUUUCGAUAAUUUAUUCGAAACCCACUGCUUGAAAUCCUCUGAUUUGAUCAAAUCGUUGAUAUUUGUUGCCAAUUUCAAUCUCAUGGAUUUAAAGGCCUUUAGAACUCAGAUCCUUGGUAGAUCUAUAGCCAGGCGUUUGCUCCUGCGUGCAUUUAUGCUUGCCGUGGUUCUUUCUGUUAUUCCUUUUGUCCAAAUCCUUUCAGGGAAUGAUCCAGUAUUCCUCGAUUCAGUGAACUUCAAUGAAUGUGAUGCUCCGUUUAUGAUUACGGGGACAAAUUUGUUUAGGAAUCGGUUUCUGAAACCCAUUUGGAACUCAUUUGAGUGCAAGGAAGAUAUGAAUUUGACAACUAAUGUUGUUAGAGAGAUAAUGGGUAAGCAAUUGUUGGAUUAUAGUGCAAAUGCUCUCUGUGUUGGCGAUGGAUCGGCUUCUGCCGUGUACGCUUUGCGAGAGUUAGGAUUUGACAAUGCUUGUGGUGCUCACAGGAGCCCCUUUUUCUCACUUAAGCACAGAAAGUUUGUUUAUGAGCUUCAAUAUGCAGACAAUUCCUUUGAUUUUGUAUUCUCUAGGGACUUAGAUGAGGUUUCUGUCCCUGCUGUUCUUGUGCUCGAGAUUGAGCGUGUUUUGAAGCCCGGUGGAAUUGGGGCUAUGCUUGUGGGUGUUACUGGCUUGAACCCAAAUGGUUUGAUUAGAUCAGCCACGCCCGUUUCAUCAUUAUUGAAAUCCUCCAAUGUUGUUCAUGUUGGUUAUGUUCAAGAGUAUACAUUGGUUGUUUUCAAGAAAAUAAUUGAUAAAGUUGGUUACUUUGAGCAAUUUCGCCUGCCAGCUGAUUGUCAAUCUGUUUCCAACAACAAACCUUUAAUGAAAUUUCUGGAGCCUCUUCUGGAAAAGAAAGAGAUAGGAUUUGAGAAAAAGAUGGCUUAUUUGCCCAAUUUCAUUGAUGUGCCUUCGAAGAAGAAGUUAGUGUAUGUUGAAAUUGGUGCAGCAAAUCGACUGAACCCCAAUGUCGCUAAUUGGUUCAUACCAUCUUAUCCAGUGGAGCACAAGGAUUUGAAUAUUUAUUUUGUCGAUCAUAACACUUCAGUCCUGCUUUCUUGUGUUAAAAAGCCUGGCGUUACCUUCAUUUACUAUCCAGGCCUCUCUGCAGAGAAGGUUACUGCUUCGAUUUCGGAUGUUGAAGAUCUAGACCCAUCAGUGGAAGAUGAGGGGUUCGAUUUCCUUGCUUGGUUCAGAGAAACAGUGGAGCAUGCAGACUUUGUGGUUUUGAAAAUGAAGGCAGGGGAGGCAGAACUGAAAUUCCUCACUGACUUGUAUGAAAGUGGAGUUGCAUGCUUUGUGGACGAGCUAUUCCUGAGCUGUGGAGACCAUGUAGAUGAAAACGGUGGAGUAAAGAAAGAAUGCAUGGAUCUUUUAAAGAGCCUUAGAAGCAGUGGCAUGUAUGUUCACCAAUGGUGGGAGGAUUAAUCGAGUUGUUUCUUGUUUGUUUGAACUAAGUUUGUGCUUUUUUGAGUAGUUGUUUGUGUUCCUGUCGUUAAAGUUCCUCAAGUAACUCAUAUAGAGUACAAUGAGGGACGUCCAAGGUUGCUUUAUGGUUGGCACCUGGUCAGUUUAUCUAAAUAACAACCAUACUGUCUUGAAGUUUCUGUUAUUGAAUAAACUUGUUGUUUGCUUAAUAUGUUAA